AUGGCUCUAAAGCUGGGUUUGCGACGCUGGGAAGGGCUUUUCGACCCUGCAGCAUGUGCGAAGAUCAGCAACUGCCGGAUUGGGGAAGCUUCUUCCCCGGGACCUUCUCGGAGAGACAGAACGCAGACACUGGAUGACGUCCUCUUGGUUGAACCAAAAACUGCAGCAUUGCAAAGUGCAAUCUACGCUCAGUUUGUACGUUGGCUGGGGGAGACGUUGUCCGAAGGAGCACAGCAGAGUGUUUUCAGACAUCCAGCGCUGCUGGUGCAAGUUGCUAAGUCUUAUGCUUCUUUCCUUUACUCGUCAGGUCGCUCCUUGUACCAGUUGAGACAUCUCAUCUUGACCUUGCAGCGUGAAUUUGUUGAAACCAAGCUGUAUACUUCGGUUCUUUGGGAUAUGGUGAGUAGGUGGGAGCUGCUUGAACCGACACAGCACCGAACACCUGUUCCCAAAAUGAUAUUCAGAGCAUUAGUAAGCACUGCACUACUUUGGGGAUGGGAACGAACUGCAGGCAUAAUUGCGAUAGCUUUUUGCGGGAUCACUCGCCCGGGUGAACCCCUUCGUGCCCUCAGGAAGCAUGUGGUCUUUCCAGGUGAUGCUCUGGAACCAGACCGCGAGUCGAUUUACCUCAUCAUCGAUCGACCAAAAAGCAGAAAGCGUGGGACCGGUCGUGUUCAGCAUAGCUCGAUUCGUGACCGAGAGUUUUUCGAUUUUCUGUUUUCAGUUUUUGGUUCGAUAGAAGCUGACCAGCCGAUUUUCAACGCCUCACCAUCUGCCUUUCGUAGGCGAUGGGAUGCAUUGCUUAAAGCAUUGUUUAUUCCCAAAUCUGCCGGGUUGACCCCCGGAGGGCUCAGAGCUGGAGGAUGUGUCAGAGCUUUUCAAGAAUCGAUGGACAUCAGUCUUCUCAUGUGGAGGAUGAGAGUUCGCCACCAGUCAACGUUGGAAAGCUAUCUGCAAGAAGUCACAGCGUCCUCAGUGAUCCCCGAUCUUGAGCCGCGCUCUCGCAAAGCAAUUGCAGAAGCGGCUAAUGUACUGCCUUUUCUUUUGAGUCGUUUUCCUCGUUGCCGCACUGCCAAAGGUCCAUAA